CUACUUUCACUUUCACAUUCACAUCAAUUUAGAAUCUAUUUGCAGUUACAUUCCAACCCUACUUUUCCUUUCAUAGCAAAUAACACAUUUCCUAUUUAGGAAACCCUCUUCACAUCACUUCACUCCUCCUUUACGAGUCACACACCAGUAUAGUACAAGUGUGAUGACACUAUAGUUUAGUUUCAUUGCAAUCUAGUUCUCUCUUUCUCUUCCAUCUAUUAAUAUUGCAUUUUGGAAAGUGAAAGAGAGAAAAAAAGUGAAGUGAAGUUAUAGAACAAGUACACUAAAGUAUUGUAGUAGUGAAGAUCAUUGAAAAUGGGUCGUGGGAAGAUUGAGAUAAAGUUGAUUGAGAAUCCUACUAACAGGCAAGUGACAUACUCAAAGAGAAGGAAUGGUAUAUUCAAGAAAGCACAUGAACUUAGUGUUCUUUGUGAUGCUAAGGUUUCACUCAUCAUGUUCUCCAAAAAUAACAAGAUGCAUGAAUACAUCACCCCUGGUCUCUCUACAAAGAAGAUUAUUGAUCAGUAUCAGAAGACUUUAGGGGAUAUAGAUCUGUGGCGUUCUCACUAUGAGAAAAUGCUUGAAAACUUGAAGAAACUGAAAGAUAUUAACCAUAAGCUUAGAAGACAGAUCAGGCAUAGAAUAGGUGAGGGUGGUAUGGAAUUGGAUGACCUUAGCUUCCAGCAACUGCGUAGUCUUGAAGAGGAUAUGAAUUCUUCCAUUGCAAAAAUACGUGAAAGGAAGUUUCAUGUGAUCAAAACUCGGACUGAUACCUGUAGGAAAAAGGUUAGAAGCUUGGAGCAGAUGAAUGGAAAUCUCUUGCUUGAACUUAAGGAAAAAUGUGUGAUCCAUCCACAAUUUCUUUUCCACGACGAAGGAGACGAGGAAUCAGCAGUUGCAUUGGCCAAUGGUGCUUCCACUCUGUAUGCAUUCUGUCAGCACCAUUCUCAUCUGAAUCUUCCUCAUCACCAUGGAGAAGAAGGUUACAAAAAUGACGAUUUGCGCCUUGGUUGAGCAACUGAAUUAAUGGAACCAAUGUCAUGUUAAAUUUGCUUGAAUUAGACAUUGUAAAUUAAUUAAGCAGCUAGCUAGCACUUGUUAAGUUGUUAUUUGAGCUUUAAUUAGUUUGUAAUAUCACAUUAAACCUAAAGUUGGUUCCAUACUCUCCAUCUAGGUAGAGAAUUAGCAAGCUAGCUUAUGAUGUUUUAUUUGCAAGAAGUGUGGUCUGAAAAACAAAAUAUGACUGUAUUUUAUUAUCUAUAAGUUUAUAUUGUUGGGUGAGUAUGUUAUAUA